AUGUCGGAUAGGCACCGCAGGAAAUCUUUGAGCAUUUUUCGACCUCCUCCAGUUUCCGCAUUGACCCCCAUCGAUGAACCUCCAGACAAUGCUCCAGUUGGUGGCCUGCUCAAGAAAAAACGCCCUGCGACCACCUUCUCCUCCAACCCCUCGAGCUCUCCAACAUCUGACAUGGCUCCAUCCAGCCCUCUGACGCCAAUCAAAAGAGCAGAUUCCAAGAGCAGCAUAGAUAGGCUGAUGACGAGAUCGCGACCACGAAGUCUCCAGAAACAAGGCCGACCUUCCAGUCUUUUCGGCUCCCUUCGCUCCCUACACUCCCUUCCAGAUGACGAUGACCUCGCGCGUGUAUCUUCCACACCAACAUCCAUACAUUCAGCCUCCUUUCCUAUUGAUGUAUACGGCGGUACGGUCUUACACCAUGGCGAGAUACAAACAGCAGGUGGCAUGUUUAGGAAGAAGAGCCAGUACUUUGUCCUCACGGAUUCACAUUUGAUACGGUUUAAAUGCCAAGCUCGAGCAUCAGACAUAUUCCCAAGUAUACCGUCGUCAACUGGAAGAGCAAGUGGCAUCCGGCACUCUCGGAUGAGUUCGAACAGCUCCCUGCAUGAGCUUCACGCCUCUACGUCCUCGGAGUCUCACCAAGGAAUACCCCUCAGCCAUGUCGUUGCUGUGUGGAGGUUGGAAGACGGAAAGCCGUAUUUCAGCAUACAGAUAUCUCACUUCGACGAGGAGACUUAUCACGCAUCCGACACGACACUUCAGUUACAUGACCCGAGAGAUUGCGAUCUUUGGCUGUCAUCUCUCCGAGGGGCAGUCAUGAAGCAGCGCCUAACCAAUCCCAAGUCGUUCACACAAGGUUUUGUGGAUUACACCGCCCGGGCACUAGAACAGGAGCAUGAUUAUGAUCCAGAGCAAUUUCGUAUGUUCAAAGUGGUCCAAAGGGAACGAUCUGGGAGAGCAGGUGCGCGGUCAUCAUCUGAGGACUUGACAAAGAUUUCAUCGACUAUCUGCAUCCUAGCAAUUGGUGCGUACAAGGUGCACCUGGUACCUCUUCCUAGAUCUUCAAGGACGGCGUCAAGCACGUCGUUGUCUGACAUGACUGGUGUCAGCAAUGGAAUCAUGGCUCUGACCUCGCUGGCUGUUCACGACUACGAUGACGCUUUUCAAUUAACGUUCCGGUUGCCUCUUCAACAAGCUUCAACACUCUUACUAGCUGCCUCCCAUGUCAGUGAUAUAGCUUUAUAUGUGCGGCACGCUGCCGACUAUUUGAGACCCGAAUGGUUAGAGGCACCCUUUACGUGGAAUGUGCCGCAAAGCGUUGAUGACGAGAUAUGGCCGAUUCCGCUAUCUAACGACGAUUACCAAGGCUUUGACCGUACACUCACUGCUUACAGUGCUGCUUAUAACAUUGACACUUCAAGAAUUCGGUACUUCGUGAAUUGUUCGUGCGAAGACGCGCCAGCUUUCGAGCUCCAUCCUCCAGCUGGAAAAGGACGGACCAGAUACACAGCGCUUGAGUUGUUGGCAAUAAUGCGAUCAUUACGCUACAAUGAGUCUUUCAGCACCGUUUCUUUCCGAAACAUCAAUCUCGAGGUUUUACACAGUCUGCAUGACCGCUUUGGUGAUGAUCACGUACCCUUGACUACUAGGUCUGGCGAGCCUUUGCAGAUCGAGAACCAUGCACAUUUGUCUCUCCUCAUUCAAGAAGUACAGGCUCUAGCUGUGAAGUGCAAGCGCUUACGGCGGCUGGAUUUUGCAUUCUCUUUGCACAGGAAGGAGCUCAAUGACGACGAGGAUGCUCAUGACGCAGGCUGCGGCCUCUGUCAGGCACUUUUUCCACUGUGCGCCAGACAGCAGACGAAUGUCGAUUGGAUUGUACUUAACGGCAUAAUACUAUGCAAGGUUGAUAUCGACUAUCUGUAUGGUGCUGCACUCGAUCGAUCGUGCCACUUUCGCGCUCUGGAUCUUGCUUAUUGCGGCCUGAAUGACCGAAACAUGGAUACAAUUCUUGAAGCAAUCGAGCAUCAAGCUGCUACGAUGGAGUCUAUUGAUCUCUCGGGCAACCUAGCUCGGCUUGAGCCCUGGGCUCUCGGGAGACAUCUAGGUGGACUAGAAUUCAUUCGCAAGAUCAAUCUGUCCAACAUUUCGAGAACUUCUGGUCCGGAACCGCUAUUCGCUGCUGAAACAUUGCUCGCUUGGAAGCUGGUGGAGAUUCGACUGGCAAGAACAUCACUGAACGAGCAGACUGUGGAGGCUCUAGCAACUUAUCUCCGAAGUAACCAGUCUAACUAUCUUCGGAUUCUACAGCUCGACCAAUGCAAACUGACCGGCAGUGCAGCUGCUAGUCUGCUGACUGCAAUGGACAGAGGCCCUAGACAGCCUAGGGAUCUACACAUUCAACUAAACGAGAACCACCUUGAGCAGGAUCACGAACAGCUCGUGAAAGUUAUCAGUAAUUCGCGCACUCCCAACCAAGUCACGAUGCAAAUGUUAGAGUACAAGAGUGAGCGAGACUUUCAGCGACUGCUUGAGGCAUUUGCUCUGAACAAGUCGACCCAUUACUUAGACAUCUCCAAAGCUUCCCUCCCAGCUGAUGCAAGCGAUGACACCUGCGAUGCGCUACACCGAUUGCUUGCCGAGAACGACACCCUUGAAGUAUUGGACAUCUCAGGCGAGCAUUCGCAUCUAGAGGCCGCGAACUUUGGCAGUGGGCUGAAUCACGCGCUGGCAGGCCUAAAAUACAAUCAAUCGCUCAAGGUGCUGCACGUGGAGCAUCAAAGACUGGGCCUGCAAGGAGCAAGCACACUGGCCACUGUACUGCAGGAGAACCAGAGUCUUGCGGAGAUUCAUUGUGAAAAUAAUGAAAUCAAUCUCCAGGCGUUCACCGUGCUCGUGAAUAGUCUCGAGCACAACACCACCCUUCUUUUCCUGCCAUUCAUGGACAGGGACCGAGCAUGGACGCAGAAAAAGGUGGACCGGGAGAUCGACAGCAUUCGUGACGACUCGUCAAUCAUGUCGAAGGCGGGAAUGUCGCCGUCCACGAAAGCGACGGUGCACCGAACCCUGGGCCGUACUUUGGGCAAGACGAUAGCAGGUCAACGGUCUUUCUCCGCGCGCAACCUAGAGAAAUCCACAUCUCCGAUGCAAGGGUAUACGGAAAGCGAUAUCAAGGCGGCCAUGGGCAGUCUAUCGCAGAAUUGGGACCGAGAGACAGCACACUUGCAGCAGUAUCUGGCGAGGAACUACAGUAUUGCACAAGGGUUGCCUCUGGAUGGGCCGCCACUGUUGACGGUCGACCGGGCCGGGGCUGGGGACAGUCUUGCGUAUGCGCUCCGCGGCAUCGGGUUUGAUGAUACGACGCCCAUCGCAGAAAUGGAUCGACAGCUGAUACCAGACGACAGUGGGGUUGAGGACUUGGCCGAUGAGGGAGAGGAAGGGGAGGAGGGGGCAUUGGAGAUGAGGGAACAUUCGCAUGUGUGA